ACGUCAUAAUGAGUACGUCAUAUUUCUGCGACCGUUUCUGCGGUGAACAGCGUGAGAACAAAUUGUCCAGAUAUACAAAAGUAAGAACUCGGCUUCACAAUGUCUGUUUUUCACGAUGAAGUCGAAAUCGAGGACUUCGAAUACGACGAGGAAACAGAAACGUAUUACUUCCCGUGUCCAUGUGGAGACAGAUUUGCUAUCACGAAGGAGGAUUUGGAGAAUGGUGAAGACGUAGCCACUUGUCCAAGUUGCUCACUGAUUGUUAAAGUGAUUUAUGACAAGGAGCAGUUCAUGUGCAUGGAAAUCAUUGAUGCCCUCCCAGCAUCCGAAACAAAACUUGAGGUGGCUCAGAGAUGACAACUCUUACUUUUAACACCUUUUUUACUGUUUAAUGGACAUUGGACCUGAAGGAAGAUACAGAAUUGUAGAACCUAUGUUAUAGGAAAUAUCCUCCUCUUCUCAUGAACUUAAGACACUUGCAACAGCAGCAUUUUGCACAUGGACUAUUAGUUUUAUAAAUGCUAUAAAUCUAUUUAUUUUAA